GGGCCGAGGGCGGGGCAGAGCGUGCGGGGAAGCUCGCGGAGCUCCGGCGGCCGCCGCUCGGGGACCCGCGUCGCCCCGGCUUCCCGCCGCAGCUUAGCCAUGGCGGGCCCGGGCCCCGGUGCGGCGCUCGAGUCCCCGCGACAGCUGCUGGGCCGCGUGCGCUUCCUGGCGGAGGCCGCGCAGAGUCUCCGCGCCGGGAGGCCGCUGCCGGCGGCGCUGGCGUUCGUGCCGCGCGAGGUGCUCUACAAGCUUUACAAAGACCCGGCGGGGCCGUCGCGGGUGCUGCUCCCGGUGUGGGAAGCCGAGGGCCUGGGGCUGCGUGUGGGCGCCGCGGGCCCGGCCCCGGCUCCCGCCUCCGGGCCCCUCCGCGCCGCCCGCGACAGCAUCGAGCUCCGGCGCGGCGCCUGCGUGCGCACCACAGGCGAGGAGCUGUGCAACGGCCACGGGCUGUGGGUGAAGGUGACCAAGGAGCAGCUGUCGGAGCACCUGGGCGACUGCGGGCUGGACGAAGGUUGGCUGCUGGUGUGCCGGCCGGCGGAGGGCGGGGCCCGCCUCGUGCCCAUCGACACCCCCGACCACCUCCAGCGGCAGCAGCAGCUCUUCGGGGUGGACUACCGCCCCGUGCUCAGAUGGGAACAGGUGGUGGACCUGACAUACUCGCAUCGCCUGGGAUCGAAGCCUCAGCCAGCCGAGGCAUACACUGAAGCUGUGCAAAGGCUACUCUAUGUGCCCCCGACGUGGACCUACGAGUGCGACGAGGACCUGAUCCACUUCUUGUACGACCACCUGGGCAAGGAGGAUGAGAACCUGGGUAGCGUGAAGCAGUAUGUGGAGAGCAUAGACGUUUCUUCCUACACGGAGGAGUUCAAUGUGUCCUGUUUGACAGACAGCAAUGCAGACACCUACUGGGAGAGUGAUGGGUCCCAGUGCCAGCACUGGGUGCGGCUCACCAUGAAGAAGGGCACCAUUGUCAAGAAACUGCUACUCACAGUAGAUACCACAGAUGACAACUUUAUGCCUAAGCGGGUGGUUGUCUACGGAGGUGAAGGGGACAACUUGAAGAAGCUGAGUGACGUGAGCAUUGACGAGACACUGAUUGGGGAUGUCUGUGUCCUGGAAGACAUGACUGUCCACCUCCCAAUCAUCGAGAUUCGAAUUGUGGAGUGCCGAGAUGAUGGGAUUGACGUGCGACUUCGAGGGGUCAAGAUCAAGUCAUCUAGACAGAGGGAACUAGGGCUGAAUGCAGACCUGUUUCAGCCAACCAAUCUGGUGCGAUAUCCACGCCUGGAAGGCACAGACCCAGAAAUACUAUACCGAAGAGCUGUUCUCCUGCAAAGAUUCAUAAAGAUCCUGGAUAGCGUUCUACACCACUUGGUACCUGCCUGGGACCAUACCCUGGGCACCUUCAGUGAGAUUAAGCAAGUGAAGCAGUUCUUGCUGCUGUCACGCCAGAGGCCAGGUCUGGUGGCCCAAUGUCUGCGUGACUCAGAGAGCAGUAAGCCCAGCUUCAUGCCCCGCCUCUACAUCAACCGGCGCCUGGCCAUGGAACACCGUGCCUGCCCCUUAAGGGACCCUGCCUGCAAAAAUGCAGUCUUCACCCAGGUUUAUGAAGGUCUCAAGCCCUCAGACAAAUAUGAAAAGCCCCUGGACUACAGGUGGCCCAUGCGCUAUGACCAGUGGUGGGAGUGUAAAUUCAUUGCGGAAGGAAUCAUUGACCAAGGGGGUGGUUUCCGGGAUAGCCUGGCAGACAUGUCUGAAGAGUUAUGCCCCAGCUCUGCAGACACGCUCGUGCCUCUUCCAUUCUUUGUACGUACAGCUAACCAGGGCAAUGGCACUGGUGAGGCCCGGGACAUGUAUGUGCCCAAUCCAUCCUGCCAGGACUUUUCCAAGUAUGAGUGGAUUGGACAGUUGAUGGGGGCUGCCCUUCGGGGUAAGGAGUUUCUGGUCCUGGCUCUGCCUGGUUUUGUGUGGAAGCAGCUUUCUGGGGAGGAGGUGAGCUGGAGUAAGGACUUUCCUGCUGUGGACUCUGUACUGGUGAAGCUCCUGGAAGUGAUGGAAGGAAUGGACAAGGAGACAUUUGAAUUCAAAUUUGGGAAGGAGCUAACAUUCACCACUGUGCUGAGUGACCAGCAGAUGGUGGAACUGAUCCCUGGGGGUGCAGGCAUCGUGGUGGGAUAUGAAGACCGUUCCCGUUUUAUCCAACUAGUGCAGAAGGCACGGCUAGAGGAGAGCAAGGAGCAGGUGGCAGCCAUGCAGGCAGGUCUGCUGAAGGUUGUGCCACAAGCUGUCCUGGACUUGCUGACCUGGCAAGAAUUGGAGAAAAAGGUGUGCGGAGACCCAGAGGUCACUGUGGAUGCGCUACGUAAACUCACCCGUUUUGAGGAUUUUGAGCCUUCUGACACUCGGGUGCAGUAUUUCUGGGAGGCGCUGAACAACUUCACCAAUGAGGACCGGAGCCGCUUCCUGCGCUUUGUCACCGGCCGCAGCCGUCUGCCUGCACGGAUCUACAUCUACCCUGACAAACUGGGCAAUGAGACCACGGACGCCCUGCCUGAGUCUUCCACCUGUUCCAGUACCCUCUUCCUGCCGCACUAUGCCAGUGCCAAGGUGUGUGAAGAGAAGCUCCGCUAUGCUGCUUACAACUGUGUGGCCAUCGACACAGACAUGAGCCCUUGGGAGGAGUGAAGCAGUGCCAGCCGCAGCUGGGCCUGCAUGGGCCCACUCAGCCUAGCCCAGGGCAAAGACUCCUUUCCUGGAUCAGCUGGAGUCUGCACUUCCAACCUGA